CUUACUAGUAUUAUCUCACAAGUGCAUAGAAUUUGGUCAUCGAUCAUGGUAGAAGUUUACAGAUUCUUUGGGCUCGAAUCAUCUACUUCCAUGAUCUUGGUCGCAAUCGCUCUAGUUACUUUUGUUGUGCUCUACAAUCUCCUUCUAAGAAGGAAUGAACAUCCAGCGAAGAAUCUUCCGAAUGGAUAUCUUGGGCUUCCUGUAAUCGGCGAGUCAUGGAGCCAUUUGCGUGCCAUGAGGAGAAAUCGAGGUGCUGAUUGGGUAAAUGAGAGGGUUGCCAAAUAUGGCCAUAUAUUCAAGACCUCACUUAUGGGGUGUCCCACCGUGGUGGUCACCGGUCAGGCCGGUAACAAGUUCGUACUCAGUACGGAUGAGGUGGCCCUCACCAUGAAACAGCCCGUGUCAGUUACGAGGAUCGUCGGAAGGCAUAACAUCUUCGAUCUCAACGGAAACAGGUACAAGCGUGUGAAGGGUGCAAUGAUGAGCUUCCUUAAACCUGAAAGCCUCCAAGAAUAUAUAGGAAUUAUGGAUGAUUUCGUUAAAACCAAUCUACUAGUGAAAAUUAAAGGGAAGGACACCAUUAAAGUCGUACCUCUCCUGAAAGACCUCACGUUUGAUGUCUCAUGUAGUCUACUAUUUGGGCUCUAUGACAAGCCCACCAAAGAAGCCUUGUUUCAGGAUCUUGCCCUAGUCCUGAAAGGCGUGUGGUCCAUUCCAGUGAAUUUCCCUGGGACCAUCUUCUGGAGGGCCCUUCGUGCGCGUUCAAGGGUCGACCGGCGGGUAUUGCCAAUCAUAAGGAAGAGGAAGGAUUUGCUGGAGGAGGGUGUUGUUAGAGCAAAGAGCGACAUAAUUUCUAGCCUAAUUACAUUAAGAGAUGAGAAUCAGCAGCCGAUCACUGAAGAAGAGAUUAUGGACAAUAUUGUUGCACUGAUCCUAGCUAGCCAUGACACCACCACCUCACUCUUGAGCUUGAUGGUGUGGAAAUUGGCUAAAGAUCUCAAGCUUCAACAGAACAUUCGACAAGAGCAUAUGGAAAUUCUAAGGGAGAGACAAGGAAUGCAAGGUUUGCUCUCAUGGACUGAAGUGCAAAAGAUGAAGUGCACAUGGAGAGCUGCGCAAGAGAUGUUGAGACUCAUCCCUAUAUUAUUUGGUAACUCCAGAAAGGCUCUCAGAGACACCAGCUUUGCAGGCUACGACAUCCCCAAAGGAUAGCAGGUGUUAUGUGUUCCCAGUACAACCCACAUGGAUGAAAAUAUCUUCAAGGAUCCGACUGAAUUUGACCCUUCUCGAUUUCAGAAUCCAGCCAAGCCCGUUCCUCCAUUCACUUACAUUCCUUUCGGUAGCGGG